AUGGACUUCUGGCCAGCGGACUACCGUGAUGUCAGGAAUUUACAAAAGACCCGAGAAUCAGCACAAGACUCGAACAAGUUGGAGACAGCGGCUUCAAAAUGGUUUUCAACACACGGGCCAGUGGUGUCUUUGGGUGGUUCGACAGCAGCCUUGUUGCGUGCAAACACAGACGCAAGUCAUCUCCGAUGGGAGUCUGUGUACAGGCAAUUUCCCAGAUUUACGUCAAAUGGUACAUCAACUCUCCUCUGGAAGGGUUCCAAUAGUGACGCGGUGCCGCCAAAGCAGUUAAACCCACAAAGACAAGCUGAAGAAGGGGUAAGCACUCUCCAAGCGAAGAUUCAAAGUACAAACGUUCCAAAGGCACGAUUUCUUCGCGAGCGUUUUGCCGAUGUCGACAUCCCUUUCGAUCUCAUCAAGGAGUUGAUGGACGAGGAUAGGGAAUUUAGAAAGAACCAAGACACCAAUUCAUCGGGUUUCAACUGUCUCGCCAUUGUCUAUUCCAGCCGGGAGAACGGCCAGGCAGGCGUUUUGCAUCCUGCUGGAGAUCUGCAACAACAACUCUAUCUCUCGCUCUUCACCAUGUCUAGGGCGAAGAAAUUAUCCUUUGACGCCGCUGCCACACCGUCUGCAACAUUCGAUUCGCCCAUCUGCCAAAUAGUCUCCUCCACCGAAAUUUGGAGCCCUGGGGAACAUAAAAAGCGUCGUUGGGACCCGACAUUUGCUGUCCGCACUCUUACGACCGUCUCCGUGUUCAGUAUUCAGUUCGGGAGAACACUGCGAACGACCAGCAUUACACAAUUAGCUGCUAUAAAGAUAACUGAUAUUGGGGAAAUAGCCGACUUGAUCAUAUCUCCGUUUGAUAACAAACGGCUCGGGCUUGUGGAUACGUCGGGAUCGAUAUCCUUUCUCGCCAUUCACAAUGCAGGGACCAGCUGGCAACCACUCGAGAGCGCCUCGCGAGCUGAACAUACCGAUAAAUGGAGGAUACGCUGGGCCAGCGACGAGAAUAUCAUGGUCCGGGCAAGUCCUCACAACUUGGAACUAGUGGAUUUAUCUGACGGAAAGGUCACACCUGGUGUGACUUUGGCAAACGACGAGGAAUUUUUAUCGGUCGAGAGGUCAACUAAUAAAGACACCUAUCUCGAUCAUUGCCUCAUUGUUACGACGCUAAAACGCAUCAUCUUCAUUGACGAGAGAUAUUUCACCACACCGUUAUUGUCGAUCAUGCACAUGCGGCAACAUGACCAUUCCUUGAGGACCUGCAUACACCACGCGCAAUCAAGUUUACUUGUUGCUCUUCUCUCCCAACACAACGGUCUCGUAACGACUUAUCAAAUCACGGCACCAGAUGACCUUCUGCAAGUCGACAAAUUACCCCAGGUACUUGCCAACACUUCUGGUAUAUUUCAGAGAACUGGAUAUGCGUUCCUCGUUGCGGUCGAUGAUCAAUCUUCGGACUUUCAUUUCCUCGAAUUCUCACCCGAUGUUGGUUUAUACGCAACAUUUCACUCAAGAGACUUCGGUAAUCCCUUGAAGACCGGGGCAGAUAUCAAUUCCCAAAGAAUCCAGCCUGAACGGAGCACAAGAAAGAAGCAAGUCAACCCCGAUACGGUCAGAAGCUAUAUCGAAGUGGACUUUCAGCCCAUAUGUGACGAAAUAUUGCAGAGAGCUAGCGAGCCGCCAAAUAUUAGUGCUUCUGCAGUGGACGUCGUCACUACUCUUGAGCGCCUCAAACGCGUGUGGCAAGAAGUCGAAACUUCUCGAGGGAAUAUAAUUACUUUGGCUGAGCUAGUGCUCAGCGCUGGUUCGGACCCAACUCGCAUCCCACGUGCCGCCUUUUUGAACCGCACCCACCUCAGUUCGCACUAUGGCCAUGCGGUCUUUCAUCAAAACCUUCUCCCAUCAGUUGCUAUGCUUGCUGAGGGCGCAGCAUGGUCCUAUGACUUGAGGAACACAUUCAAUAGGAUUGAAGUUGCAGCGAAAGGCAAUGAUGAACCAUCUUCGGGGAGAAGUAGUGUGGAGAGGAUGGCCAAGAAUCAACUAGAAUUGGACCUUCAUCUCUCUAGCUAUGUCUUUAGUCAACAACCACUGAGGGCGCCCACAACGCGGCAAAUCACUUCCACCCAUGGAUCUCUCGAACAAGCUACAGCUUCGCUCUCUAUCACCGACGAUCCUCCUCCUCCUGUGGAGUUCUUUUUCUUGAAUCCAAAGCUCUCAGGUGCAGAAGAGGGGUCGAGGUCGACCCAACCGACUAUCUUGGAUGAAGAUGAACCAUCCAUAGGGCUCCGCCGACUCUUGGCAGAAUGGCCUAUCGGUGAGGACCCGGAUUUAUAUAACUAUAUAUCCCCACUCGCAGAUCCAAUGGCCUACGAGUCUGGCAAUUCCCGGAGAAUGGCUCGCCCUAGGUCCCAACCAGAGGCCAAUCCCUAUCCGAGUCAAACGCUGGCUGCUCCCCCCAAGAUUGGAAUGUCUCAAUUGCAUAGCCUUCCAAAAGUGAAUACAACCGUCUUACACGGCAAGUCACGGAUCGGUGGCCUUACUCUUGGACCCGUUCGUUCUUCCUCACCACAAGCCCAGCCGCUACCCGCCGUACUCUCCCAAAUUGUCAAAGAAGAUGCUCUCUCUUCUACCCAAGUUCUUCCGGGCAAGUUUGGUGGGCGCCCACGGGCAGCGGGAAAGAAACCCAAGAAGCAUAUCGGUGGCUUCUGA